AUGGACCUAAUCAAUAGCAUAACAAAACAAGACAACAAGGCGGCCUUGCUGACACUGCCGAGAGUUGAUUUGGCCGUGACGACGGAAACCCAAAAGAUGAAAGUCACGAAAAAAGGAGGACGAUUUGUACUGAUGCAACUACCAAAGGGAAUCGACUUGUCGGAUUUGGCCAACGGGAGUCGCUUUGUGGCGCCUUCUUGUGAUGACGAAAAGAGAGUGGCGUUGGUAGUGGAAUCCAAAACCAAAAGUUUUCUCGUCAAUCGACUGGAAACCUCCAAUGUACUAGUAUUGGUGGCGCCACAACAGCAACAACAGCAAUCUACUAGUAGUACAGAUGCCAGCAAGGAAAAUGACACUACCAAUACUACUACAUGUACUACAACCAGUGCGGAAGAACCAGCUUUGAAAAAGGCCAAGAUGAGCAACAGCAGUAAGAAACUGGCAUUGGUUCCAGUCGCGACACGCCUGUUGACUCCAGGCGUGGCGUCUGGUUCUUCCUUUUUGGAAUUGAGAGACAUGACGAUUACAGCCAAACAAUUGACUCCACUCUUGGAACAUGACGUAUUUGAUCCAUACUAUACUAGUCGUACAUCCAAUCCCUACUACAAACAAUCAAAGGGACGCACUCUGGAAUCACUGGCACUCGAAUUGCAGUGUUCCACGGGACAAGUACGAGAGGUACUCGCUCAGUUGCACGGAUUUCCAUUUCCAAACCACAAUACUAAUAUUGAUGAGUACCAGUAUGGCCACUUGUCAGAAGAAGCACUCCAAGAUGCCUUGGCGGCCAUUGUGGCCACGUUGGCGGAAGAAGAGCAGUUUUGUUUGAACGACACUACAUCUAUCAGUGUGGAGGAGUUUGUCACGUGUGUGGCAGAACGCAUUCCAGAAGAGGAAUCCUAUCCGGAAUUGAACCAUGUCCUCCACUAUGCCAUGAAUCGACUGGUGAUCCACAACAACAAACAAAAGAAGCAGUCUUCUUUGCUCGUCACGGACACGCAUGUGUCCUUUGACCCCAAACAGAUUGCCAUUUGUGUUGCCCAUCGACUCUUUCAAUCUCAAACCAAACCAUGGAAACAAGAUACACUACUCUUGAAAUGGCAAAGUCAAGUGCCAGGAGUGGGGAGUCAGUACAAUGUCGAUUUGGGAAUGCUAAGGGGUGUGGCCGUUUGCACAGUAGAGGAGGAUGAUACGACUAAUACUCCACUCUGGACGUAUUUGCCAGCACAACAAUUGUCAAGGGAUCCCGAAAAACGAUUUGCUGCAUUGUUUCAAGUACGGGCCAAGUGGGAACUCGACGAUCUACAGCCAUACAUUGAUGCACUCGUCCAGGAACUGGAAGUAUCCCAAGCAGAACUACUCCUGCAAUACACCAGCAGUAGUAUGGAUGAAGUCACGGGAGUCAAAGUGUAUGGUGCCAAAGCAUAGAAGAAGAAUAGUAAUAAGGGAAACACCUGGAC